AUGGCGAGUAUCAUUCUCAAAGCAAUUGCACCAUCAAGAGGAGAGAACAGACGAGAAUGCACUCGUCAAGUGCCAUUGCAGGUGCUUGGCUUCGGCGCAAGCAGAACGGGCACCUCGAGCCUGCGCGAAGCCUUGGAGAUCUUGGGUUACAAAGACACAUAUCAUAUGCGGAACAUCAUGCGCGAUCAAAACACCUCCGAAGCCGCCAUGUGGUGUGAAGCGCUAGCUGCCAAAUACGAGGCUACAGGUAAACCCUACACACGUGCCGACUGGGACCAAUUGCUAGGUCAUUGCAUGGCGACGACAGAUACGCCCACCAUAUUCUUCAUGCCUGAACUUGCCGCCGCAUAUCCCGACGCCAAGAUCAUCCUCACAACGCGCGAUAGUCCGGAACAAUGGUACGCGAGUGUGCAGAACACAUUAGUACCGUUGACAAGAAUGAUGCUACCAGGCACAUCGCUAUGGGCGCGAAUUUACCAGUUUUUCUUACCAGAUCUACCAACUCAGACGCUGAAUGAGAAGAUUGCCCUGCAUGGCGAUAUGCGCAAGUUUCUUGACUUCAAUCCGGAGCGCGGCGCGGCAUCAUAUCGAGAGCAUAAGGAGGCUGUAUAUGAUAUUGUGAAGGACACCCCGGAGCGCUUUCUGGAGAUGAAUGUGAAAGAGGGUUGGGAGCCGCUAUGCAAGUUUCUAGGCAAGCCGUUGCCGUUGAAUGAAAAAGGGGAGAAGAUUCCAUUUCCACGGGUCAAUGAUACGAAGGAGUUCCAAAACGUAAUGAAGAGCUUUGGCCGUGCAAGAAAUAUCCUUGUCGGCUUGAACAUGCUUCUGGCAACAGGUAGCGUAGCCACGGUCUUGUGGCUGUAUUCGAAAUUCAAACACGUGUGA